GUAAAUCCCGACAUUUUUCUUCCACUUUGGUUAAGCUUUUCAUGUGUUUCAAAGAUCCGAUCGCCUUUGCGAUCCCUUUUAUAUCAAACUAUCUCCCACUAACGAUUUUACACGUCUCAGUACUACUAGACAUGGUUGUUGUCAACAAAGCUGGAGAACAAGGGACACGGGGGGAACAGGGGAAUAAAGGUUCCACGGAGGAGGAAAGUAACACGCAGGACCACUCGCAUCAUAACACCUGGACACUUGAAAGGAUUGAAGGAGUCGAAGGUGACAGGAAACAAGGCCUUUAUUUCCUCUUCAUGGUGGUUGGGAUUCUCGUAGUAUGUAUGAGAAGUUAACCAUGCUGAACCUGCAGAGUGGCUCAAACUGGAGCGGGCCUAACAACUGGUACCAUGACCCCACUGGUGUUCAGACGCAACACAGCACAGUGUCUGACGGCUGUCUGCUGGACACAGAGGGCAGCAUGGGGGGAGAGGUGGGCGGAGGAGGAGGGGUAGCAGGUCGAGGAGGAGUAGGAGGAGGAGUGCCGGUGGACAGGGACGAUGGCGAAGAGUCGCAACUGAGGCUGCAGCUGAAGAGGAAGCUGCAGAGGAACAGGACGAGCUUCACGCAGGAGCAGAUCGAGGCUCUGGAGAAAGAGUUUGAAAGGACACAUUACCCAGAUGUCUUUGCACGGGAGAGAUUGGCCAAUAAGAUCGAUCUACCUGAGGCCAGGAUACAGGUGUGGUUCUCAAACCGAAGAGCCAAGUGGAGGAGGGAGGAGAAGCUGCGCAAUCAAAGGAGGUCAGGAGGCGUGACUUCCUGUUCACAGAGCCAAGCCCCUUUGACCACCUCCUUCAACACAUCCGUCUACCAUCAGCAGCACGGCAGCAGCUCAGGGUCCAUGUUGAGUCAGGCUGAGUCGUCCCUGCCCAGCUACAGCUCUCUGUCAGUUUUCUCAUCUGGAGUCCAGUCCAUUCCUCCUCAGUCGGCCUCCUCCUACUCCUGCAUGUUACCUCCCUCCCCCUCUGCCCCCCGCAGCUUUGACUCCUCGGCGUACUCCUCCCCUCACCUGCAGACCCCAUCCUCAGGCAAUUCCAACACCGGGCUCAUAUCCCCUGGCGUUUCGGUGCCAGUCCAGGUACCAGGAACUGAGCAGCAGAGCAUGAGUCAUAACCUGGGUCAGUACUGGGCCAGACUACAGUGA